UUUAACUGCCUCAAAAACCCUAUCAACAAACUGCACCCACAAACCCAAAAUUCUAGAGAGAGAAAGCAAUUAGAUAUACAACAACAACAAUGUCUCUUCACUAUCUCGUCAUCUUCUCCCUCGUCCUUCUGGCCGCCGCCUCCUCCGACGCCCUCGUCCAGGACUUCUGCAUCGCGGACCUCUCCCACCCCGCCGGCCCGGCCGGCUACCCCUGCAAGAAAUCCUCCUCCGUCACCGAGAACGACUUCUUCUUCCACGGCCUCGCCGCCGCCGGCAACACCAAGAACAUCAUCAGCGCCGCCGUCACCCCUGCUUUCGACGGCCAGUUCCCCGGCGUGAACGGGCUCGGCCUGUCCAUCGCCCGCCUCGACCUGGCGCCCGGCGGCGUCAUCCCCCUCCACACCCACCCCGCCGGGUCGGAGAUUCUGGUCGUCAUCCAGGGGACCAUUACCGCCGGCCUCAUAUCGUCGUUCGAGAACAAGGUGUACAUCAAGACCCUGAACAAGGGUGACGUCAUGGUCUUCCCCCAGGGUCUGCUGCAUUUCCAGAUCAACUCCGGCAAGGGUACUCCGGCGCAGGCGUUCGUCAGCUUCAGCAGCCAGAACCCCGGUCUGCAGAUUACCGAUUUUGCCCUCUUCCAGAACGAUUUCCCGACCGAGUUGGUGGCCAAGACCACUUUCCUCGACGUGGCCCAGAUCAAGAAGCUCAAGGGUGUGCUCGGUGGCACUAAUUAAUUAAUUAUUUCAUCAUUUUCAAUCAAUGAUUUUUAUGUUUAAUUUGUUUGUUGAUUUAUUAAUGUUCUGUUAGAGAGGCAACAUUUCGUUAAAUGUAGCCUUAAUUGGACCUUUUUUUUCCCGACCGUUUUCUAGUCUUUGUCAAAUGUUGUUUUUGUAAUAAUUAUUGCAUUCCUUUUCUCUC